CUCACUUGACAAUAACCAGCUGGGCUGGAGUAGCUGCUCCCUUCUUCGGCCUGAGCGGGAACGCUCCAGUUACCUGACUGGCUUCAUACCUUUGGGUUCCUCGGACUGGUUCCCAAAAGCAUUUGAAUUUGCUACCUGAGGCCCAAGUUGGAGCUCAAAAGAUCCCAGCUCCCCAGCAGCCGAAGGAGGAACUUCAGGACCAACACCUAUCUAAGGUUGCUGCCUACCUUGACAAGCACCCAAUUCAUUAUUUUAAAAGUGUCAUUGAAAAGCAUAUCCCACACCGGCAGGUCUAGGCUGCAUUCACCCACCACGCCACAGGUGAACUGAAGUCAGGGACAGGCUUCUCUGUAGGAACACAGAGGUGCAGGAAGCCUUCCUCAAGUCAUCAGCUACCCAACACCCACCACUCCGAGCCUCAGAUUUUCUUCAGAGCCUCUUCCUUCUUCUUCUCCUUCUUUUUAAUGUCCACAUUUUUUUUUCACUUUGUUGCAUUUGAAUGCAGAUGAUACAGAAUGAAAUUCCUUUGGCGGCUGUAUGCGCGGGAGUGUGCAAAAGUAUUUAUGAAUCCUAAAUGAAGCUGGCUGCAGAGCCAAGGAGCUCCAGCAGAGCGCCGGCGUGUGUGCCCACCGGAGUCUGAUCUCUUACAUGGGAAGCUGCGUUUGAUAUCUCAUUUGUUGGCUGUGUUCCUCGCAAAUCCGCGCGCUGUUUAACCCACUUUGCCACAGCAGAAAGAGACGCAGAAGAGGCUCGCUGAGCAUGGGGAAGGCGGUCCCACAACAGUGCCCUGGAAUGGUCAGAAAACAAAGAAAGCCGUGGGGCGUUUGGGACGUGCUGCCACCCUCUGGCUGGGUGUAGCACUGCAUCCUGCUGGACCAAGGAAGUUCCCCCAUCCCGUGGAGCCGGGGCCUCCCUGCUUCUAAACCUCUCUGAGGUCUCAGAAUUGCAGGCGAGUCUGGACCGAGUUGGCUUUUAUUGGGGCUCUUAGAAAAAUCUGUGCUUUCCCUCUUUCUGGUUUCAUAAGAAACUUCUCUUAGGCAAACCAAGACCCCCCUCCAACCUUGGCCUAGGAGAGACACAGCAUGUAGCUGUGGCUGAAUCCGCCGCUUUCUGCUAGAUAUUCAGCCCACGCAUGACAAAGACUUUGGCAAAAUGCUAGCAAUCAGAAACCUGCUCUUCAUAGACAUAAAAGAGUCGGGACAUAGGUCUCCCCAAUAAUGAUAGUCUACAUGCAUUAGCAUAUAUUUUCUUGAGAAGCGAACUACCAGAGUAAGUCCCUAAAAGCAAUUCAUUCUAUUUACAGCUUUUCUGAAGCCCCCGAGAGGGAAUCAUCUUGGAGCACUGCAGAUACCACACUGAAAAUAGUGAAAAACAUUCAAUUUAGAAACAAUUUUAUCUUGAUUUAUCUUUUUUUUUUUUUUUUUCCUUUGUGAGUCAGCCCACUGCUUCUGCUCCUUCUCUUACCUAAAAGUGGUUCCCUGCAUGCCUCCUCCCCAGGUCAUGAGGACAGGAAUCGUGAUGUAUCCCCACAAUGUGGCCAGGGUAGCCAAGAAGGAUACCUGAUUUUGCCUCCUGGUGGGAAGGCCUCUGUCUCAGAACUGCAGAAGGAUGAAGAGGGAGCCGGAAAACAGGAGCUGCACCAGGUGCAGCAGCAGCAGCACUGUUGCUUGCUACAAUACACAGAUUAUUCUCCAGGAGAAAAUAAAUACAUCAUUUGAACCAAGAGUCUCCAGGAGUGCCAAGAUUCAGGCUGGAGAGAAGGAGAAGGCAACGCAGAGCCUGCUUCAAGAAAAGCCUCCAGCAGGUGCACAGAAUGGGAAGCACACACAGCAAGUAACCAGGGAGGGUGUCCUCCUUGGUGACCCGCAACUCAGGAGAGAAGGGAUCCUAGCUACAAAGUCAUCUUCUGGGGAUUCCUCCCAACUGACGCUUUUCAAAAUGCUGGCACAGGCCCAGCUGGAGACAGCUUUGGAAGCUGCCAUCACAUCCUGUUCCUCCUCCCAGAGCCCUGCUUGGCCUCGCUGGCUGGGGAUUUAUGCCCCUCUUUGCCAAGCCGCCCUGAUGAAUCGCUUCCAGGAUGGCAGCGAAGUCAAUGGUAUUCAUCUCACCGAUGUCUCAACCUUCUCCUUUAAAUCAUUGCUCAUGUUGGCAGCCGUUUGUUCUCUCCUGACAGCCUGGCCCAGGCCUGGCUGCUCCAUUAGUGAGACUCCCAGCCAGAGAAGAGCCUGCAGGGCUUGGCAGGGACUAGAGGAGCCUCUGCAACCUUUCCCUCAAAUGCCAUCCCUUCUUUACCUGGCCAAGCUUUCAUUUGGUCACCUGAAGUCUGGGAAGCCAACCCUAGAGCCCUAAAGGAUUCCCGUCAGGCACACCUCUCACCUAUCACUUACCGUAUUAUAUAAAAAGUAUCUGUUGAUAUUACCAGGCUAUUAGUACUUCUAGGCCAUGGACGUGCAUGCUUCCUCUCAGUAUUCCCAAUGCCUAGUGGAGUGCCUGGCUCAUAAUAGGUACUCAGUGACUGUUUGAUAACAAACUGUUUAAAUCGUGGAGUGGAUGCAACCUCUUUGGAAAACUCUCUGGCAGUCUCUGCUGAAGCUAACCAUACCUAUGCUGUAUGACUCACUGGAGCUUAUAUCCAACAAAAAUGAGGGCUUGUGUCUACCAAAGACAUGUACAAGAAUGUUCAUGGCAAACUUAUUCCUAUAGGCCUAAACUAAAAACUGCCCAAAUGUCUAUCAACAGUAAAAUAGCCAAAUAAAUUACAGCUAUGUUUAUUCAAUGAUUCGAUUGCAUUUGUGUUAAUGCAGCAAUGAAAAAGGACAAAGUACUAUUCAUACAAUAUGGAUGAAUUUCACAUUUAAAAUGUCAAACCAAAGAUGCCAGAUACAGAAGGGAAUAUAGUGUAUGAUUACAUUUAUAAGAAAUUCCAAGACAUGCAAAAGUUAUCUAUGAUAAUUAGAGGUCAGAAUAGUUAUCUUGGAGGGGUGGAUAGUGAUAGUGGUGGUGGUUAUUGACUGGGAGGAGAUAUGAGGAAGCCCUCUAGGGUAUUGGAAAUGUUCUAAAUUUUGAUCUGGGUGGUAGUUAUACAGGUAUACAUAUACAGUAUACAUAUGUAAAAUGUUUAGAUAUACAGUAUACAUAUGUAAAAAUUCAUUGGGCUAUACACUUAUUACCUGUAUACUUUACUGUAUGUAAGUUAAAUCUUAUUAAAGAUGGUAAAGAAAAUCUGAAA